AUGGCAGUGCUCAGCGGCGAAGACCAAUCGGCUGCCAGCCUCGCAGCCGAGAAGACCAUUGAAGACAGCUCGACUAGUCGCGCCGAGGAAUCCAACGAUGACGAAAAGCAACAGAGGACGAGUGACGCCGUCGAGCCUGCUGCAGAACCCGCUGCCGAACCGGAGGCGCCCCCGCGAGAUAUUGAGGGGUGGAAGUGGUAUGUGACGCUGGUGUCUAUCCUGGCGUCCACCUUCCUGUAUGCUCUUGACGCGACGGUGGUGGCCGACUUGCAGGCCAUCAUCGUGUCGGAGCUCGGUGGUAUUCAGAAGCUGUCCUGGCUCAGUGUUGCAUUCCUGCUGUGCGCCACGGCUACCAACUUGGUCUGGGGUCGACUCUACGGCCACCUCAACGCCAAAUGGUUCUACAUCUUCCAUGUCACCAUCUUCGAGAUUGGCUCGGCCAUCUGCGGUGCUGCCCCUUCCAUCAACGUCAUGAUUCUGGGCCGUGCCAUCGCCGGUAUUGGCGGUUCGGGUCUAUACGUCGGCUGCAUGACCCUCCUCGCUACUACCACCACCAUUGAAGAGCGCCCGCUGUACAUCUCCUGCACCGGCUUUACCUGGGGGCUGGGUAUCGUCUUGGGUCCCGUGAUUGGAGGUGCCUUCAGCGAGUCUGCGGUGGGCUGGCGAUGGGCCUUCUACAUCAACCUCUUCAUCGGUGCCGCCUGUGCCCCCUUCUACCUCUUCCUGAUCCCCAGCAAAGACCCCCAGCCUGGCGCUUCUGUGAAGGAGCGCACGUCCGACCUCGAUUACCCCGGUAUUGUGCUGCAGGGCGCAGCGCUGACGGCAAUCAUCCUGGCCGUUAACAUGGGCGGUGUCACCUACCCGUGGGACUCGGGCCGCAUCAUCGCGCUCUUUGUCGUGGCCGGCGUGCUGUUUAUUGCGCUGGGCAUCCAGCAGGUCUGGACCAUUGGGACUACCGUGGCGCGUCGCAUUAUCCCGGUGCAGUUCUUCCGGUCGCGGACGGUGCUGCUCCUCUUCGGCGCGUCGGCUUCAUCUGGCGCCUGCGCCUUCGUGCCCAUUUACAUGGUGCCGUUGUUCUUCCAGUUUACGCGCAGCGAUGGCGCGCUCAUGGCUGGUGUGCGCCUGCUCCCAUUCGUGAUCGUCAUGAUUGUGUUUGUGUUUGUCAACGGUGCCCUGAUGGCUAAGCUGGGCUACUACAUGCCCUGGUACCUGGUGGGCGGCCUGCUGACCGUGGCCGGGUCCGCUCUCAUGUACACGGUCGAGCAGGACACUUCUGAGAGCCGCGUGUACGGGUAUACGGUGAUCAUUGGCGCAGGAGUGGGCAUGUUCCUCCAGGCAGCCUUUUCUGUGGCCCAGGCUGUUGUGGACGUGGAGAAUGUCGCGCCGGCCAUUGGCUUUAUCACCCUGGCCCAGUUCGUCGGCAUCACCCUCGCCCUCGCAAUUGCCAAUGCCGUUCUCCUCAAUGAGAGCGAGGACAGAAUCAUGCAGAUUUUGCCCAACGUGCCGCUAGGUGACAUCCAAGCCGCCAUCCUGGGCGCCCGCUCCGGCAUCGUGAAGAACCUCUCUCCGGAUCUCAAGGCCCAGGUUCUCGACGCCAUUGUCAGUGCCAUGGACAAGACUUAUAUCCUUGUCCUUGCUGGCGGUGCCCUCGUUGCUGUCUCCAGUCUGCUCAUGCGCCGCGAGAAGCUGUUCGGCGCGGCCGCCGGUAUCAAUGCCGCUUAA